GACUGUGAAUCUUAUAAUUCAGGAAUGCAAGAAUAAAGGUUCCAUUCGGGAUGAGCCCCAUCCUAGGUUUACCACACAUGGCGAAGAUGCAUGUAUAAUUCCAGCUGUUUCGAACAUUUUAUUAAACUGCUGCAUAAGUUCGGGAAUAGUUGGAUUUAGAUGUUUCAGACCCUACUGUUUGACGUCACCUGCGUAGUGCCGGCAUUCGCAGUUGCGGCGCAGCACAGAAGCCGCUACUUAAGGCUGCCAACAGGUGACGACGGUGGUUCGCUGAGGAGCGCGACUGAUGGACAACCGAAGGCUAGGGUCACGUCAUCUUCUCGGACGAGUCCACGUUUUGAACGCGACAAGACCAAAGACUGCUUGUGUGCAGACUGCCACGAACACGGAGCGACCCAGACAACGUGCAUCGCCUCUCUACCAGCGGGAGAGCGCGUAUGAGCAUGUCGGGCCUUUUUUUACUAAAACAGUCAAACAAUGAAAUGGAUGUGCGCAGCACUUUUUCUUCUUUCAACGUGCUCUAUGCGGUGCGAUGGUGAAGGAUGGGGAUGCCCCAAAUACAACAUCAUCUGUGAUUUCCUCUGCAAAGUACAAGGAUAUGCAUAUGGUUACUGCAAUAACCAACCGGAACGCGACGGCUGUCAUUGUGUUAAUAAAACAUCAUUUGAGUUUCAAGAUGGUAAGAUUUCGAAGAAAUACUUACAAGAUUCUGGAAGAUAUGUGGAAGUUUUAGAGGGUCACGGAUGCCCGAAGAUUUCCAACUGCGCUAUUGUUUGCCUUGUAAAUGGCGGGGAUUUCUCUUUGUGCAGUCAAAACGCCCCAUAUCAUUGCUAUUGUUACCUGCAUCUCCGACCAGGUGAAAAGGCCACCAAUGGCACCGUCCUUUAUACCACGGCAGCGCCAACUACAGCGAUGCCUACGACUGCACCACCUGCGACAGUUAGCCCUGCGGUAUCUGUUCGAGAUCAGGUGUGUCCCAUGGGCGGUCCCAUAUGCGAACUAUAUUGCCAGCUCGAUGGAAGCCCGUUUGGGUACUGCAUUCGUGGAAAACAGCAGUGUCAUUGCGUUAGCCCACAAUUGCAAUAUUUUCGUGGUGCCGAUACAUCGUACAAGUAUUACCUUGACCGAGGACACUAUGUUAAACAAUUGAAUGGCACAUACAGCUGUCCAAAGUUACAGGACUGUGCCGCUGCUUGCCUCAUGGAACACAGGGCCACUUUUGCAGUUUGUGGCCGGAACCCACCAAAUCUCUGUUACUGCUACAUAAAACGACAUUGAAGUGAGCAACAUACAGUUGCAGAAAACGAUGAAAACAUUAGCGCCUGAAACGAUGAAAACAUUAGCCCCAGCGGGCCGAAGACGCCGCAAGAGCCCAAGGGCUCAGGUCGUCAUCUAGGUAGAGAGGCCGAGGUCUCGCAAAUCUGCUAGACAAAUAAAGUUUAUUCCUCGUCCUCCUUUGGAACUUGACCAGGCCACAGCGGGAAACACUCAUUCACCAUAUAAUAAUAAUAAUAAUAAAACACUGAUCAAGCAAGCAGAAGUAUCAACGUAAUUAGAUAGUUUUAAAUUAGUAUUUAUAUAUUGGAUAUGAAAAGAUCACAAGUGAAAAUUGGCAACAACAGCUUGCCUCAAAGCCUAAUGGCACUGCAUAUUUCGAGACAUUAUACAACCAUAGCACGACAGUGCAUUGGUUAUAGUAGAAACAACCAUGCAUAACAUUCUAAAUCAAGACAUCAAUAAAAAAAUCAUAAGCCAUUCCACCCUGUGAAUGUGGAUGGCCACCUUCACAAAGAGGUCAGUGCUGCGCCUGCAUUACAAUGAGGCCGAAACGCAAGAACGCCCGUUGACCGUUCAUUGGGGUCGCGUUAAAGAUCUCUUGGUGGUAAAAAAACAUUUAUCCGGAAUCCCCACUAUGGCGU